AUGACUGAUGGUCAAAUUCAUUUGUCCUACUUUAUCUGCGGACCAGUCUUUAUACUUAUGGUAUUUAUGUAUUUCUACUACUGGUAUUUAAAUGUCCGCGAAUGUCGAAGAUCCCGUGGGCGGGAGCCCCCGCCUUCUGUUCUCGACGAUAUUUCUCAGGAACAAGUGCAAGUCUAUUGACAAAGUAUCUGGCCUCCCGUUUACUUAAUGUGAAUCACUGCACACACUAAGAAAUAAUUUAUCAAGUACUUUUUAGCACUUAUAAAUAAGUUAACUUACGCUUAAAAAAUUAAACAAAUUAUUAUUUAGUUUAUAAUAUAGUAUUAUUAUAACAAAAAUAAACAAAAUGUCAUAUUAUUUUUUUAUAAGAUAUUGAAGUUUAUCACCUAAAGCACACAUAUCUUUUGUUUCCAUUAAAAGCCCUUAAAAAAUAAUGGGAAUGACAGCUAUUUGUUUUUAUUGUAUUUUGUUAUUCCGCAUCUUGGCAAAGCUUGUGAAAACAUAUAAAAAGUAAAAAUGGUUAAAAAAUUAUUUUAGCAUGACAUACUUAUAAAAACAUAAAUUUAAAUUGAUUAGAAUAUCAUUAUAUUUGAUACAUACAUACAUGUAAAUAGGUGUAAUAAAAAUUGUAAUUACAGAA